UGUUUGCAUCAGUCGGAGGACAAGGCAUUACCUUAAAAAGAGACCAAAUCCAAAAAAAGAAGAUCAUCUGGUGAUAUAAGGAGGAUCAUAUUGGACAGUUUAUUGGCUCAGUAACGCAACACUUAUGGAAAUUCCAGUGACUUGUGUCUUGGGCUUCCUGCUGGUUUUUGGUGGGGCCUGCUGUGUGGAUGCCUCUAAUGCAGACACCUCCAAGGAAGAUGCAGGUCAGAAAAAAUCGUCUGGAACAACAGAGAAAAAGCCGAGCCGCUGUUCCUACACUUUCAUCGUACCUCAACAGAAGUUAACAGGGGCGCUUUGUGUGAGUACCGAGACGGCUCGUGUCAACCGCUCUGAGAUGGUGUCCCUGCGCGUGCUGCUGGACCGGCAGCAGGAACAGCUGGACGCAAUGCGUGGGCAGUUGGAGCAGGAGGGCACACUGGCCAAUGAGAUGAGAGUUCUGCGCAGGGAGAGCGUCAACAUGAACGCCCGUAUCACCCAACUCUACGCCCAACUGCUGGAUGAGAUCAUCCAGAAGAAGGAUCAGGUUUUGGAGCAACGGAGGCUUGAGAGUUUGGUGCUUAAUGCAACAGCCCAGGUGCUUCAGGUGUCCACCAGUUACAGAGACCUGGAAAAGAAGUACGAUGCACUGACCUCUCUAGUGAGCAACCAGAGCCAACUAAUCACACAUCUGGAGAAACAGUGCCAGCUCAAGAACCCCAAGGCAACCACAUCACUUCCGGUUCAACAGUCUAGUGGGUUGGUGGAUGUGAACACGGAGGCUAAAGAAGUUGCCAGCAAUGUCCAAAGAGACCAAAGUGCCCCUUUGCACCAGGAACAGAGUCCUUCAGAACUGCUGGAGCCCUUUGAUGGCUUGCCCCGUCUGCCAACAGACACACCUUUCACCAGUUACCCCGUGACUAAAUCUCCAGGACCGUGGAAUGACUGCCAUCAUGUGCUAGAGUCAGGAGAGAAGACCAGCGGCAUCUACCUGCUGCGACCGCGCAAUACUAACACACUUCUGCAGGCCUGGUGUGACCAGAGCAGAGCGCAGGGUGGCUGGACCGUAAUCCAGAGGAGACAGGAUGGCUCUGUCAACUUCUUCAGGACCUGGGAACAGUACAAGCAAGGUUUUGGGAAUCUGGAUGGUGAAUACUGGUUGGGUUUGGAGCACCUGUACUGGCUCACCUCUCAGGCCACCUACAAGCUGCGAGUAGCCAUGGAAGACUGGCAAGGACGACAGGCGUUUGCAGAGUACGACAGCUUUCAGGUGGAACCAGAGAGUGACUGGUAUCGUCUACGAUUAGGCAGUUAUCAAGGCAACGCAGGAGACUCCCUUUCAUGGCACAACAAUAAAGCGUUCACCACUCUGGACCGUGAUAAGGAUGCUUAUUCAGGUAACUGUGCUCAUUACCAGAAGGGUGGCUGGUGGUACCACAUGUGUGCCCACUCCAACUUGAAUGGGGUGUGGUAUAGAGGAGGCCAUUACAGAAGUCGAUACCAGGAUGGUGUUUACUGGGCAGAGCUCCAUGGAGGCUCAUACUCUCUAAAGAAAGUGGACAUGAUGAUCAAACCUGCUUAACAGCCACAGAAACAUAUCAACAGAGCACCCAAAGAGUUGAGAGUACUUAGAUUGAGUGCUAUCUUUUGCCCCCUUGUCUACACAAAGAUGUGACAAUGAGCACUAAAUGUUUUUGUGGAGCUUCAGGUUAUUUUGUUAGAGAUCUAGUCUUGAAGUUUAUUGAUAUUGUUGCAUAUUUUUGUCCUAUUUCCUCAUGUCUGUGGUUUUCCUCUCACUUACUAAGUUAAGACAGGAUUUCCUGGUCUCAGUCACUUCAUUUCAUGGUUUCGCUAUUAAGAGAAAAUAAAUCCUUUUUACAAACAACACCAAAGGAGACAUCUGCAUCUAUCAUCCAACUCAGGCAUUAACGGCAUCAUUGCUUAUCGCUUGCUUGACAAUGCUUCUGCUGCUGAUAAGUCUCUUGCUGAUCAGCCUUACUCAUGGUGGUAAGUUCUCCUCAUCCUGUCUGUACAGAUGGUCUUUCUGUGGAUCCUUUCAACUUUUUAAUUAGUUUGACAGUUAGUAACCCAGCAAAUCAUCCAGGGAGGGAGUUGACUGUUAUUUUUGCAGUUGUUUAUUUUUUAUUAUUAUUAUUUUUUUAUAUCUUUCUUUCUUUCUUUAGCCCUAUUUCUACUAACACUGAAGCUGUUUUGAUGGUGUUGAAUGUGAUGUGUUUAGACCUCUAUGUUCAUUUACAAAUAAUUAAGUGUGUUAAAGCUAUCAGAGUUUGCAAAGUGUUCUUUCUGAUUUUAUUUGACAAGUGAUCUUCAUUUCUAAAGCCAGAGACCAUUAACUUUUUAUUUGUCAAAGUUGCGACUUUAGAAAUGUUAUUACGGUGUGGUAAGUGUUAGUCUCUGGACAGAAUCUACAGCACAUGUAGACAGUGUGUCAAGUAGUUUUCACACUUACAACACCCAAACGUUAAAGACAUACUGAAGUAUGUUUCCUUACUUUACACAGUGUGAGAAUAUAUGAAUGAGAUCAUUUCAUGUAUGAAAGCUUUU